UAUCAAGGACGGAAUCCUGCUCUGAAGACAGCAGCAAGCUCGACAUCCACUUCUUUAUCGAACAGACAGAACCCCUUAUACUCUUAUACUCUUACUACACUCCCACUUCCACAUCACUUAACAUCUUUUAUACACACCCCACUUUAAGCUCCAAUGGCCACUGCAAGACUCAUCAAAGACGACCAGCUCCUUCGCAAGGACCGCUACAAGCGUGCUGAUGAAGCCCGUGGCGCCCUCACGCGUGAGCUGCACACACUCGGCUCGACGGUUGAUCUCGAGCUGCGGGAGCGCAUGACUACCAUCCACUCUAACGCCGCCGCGUUGGAUAACCAAUCCAAGAGUCUGCGGAAUAAGACUACGCAGCUGGCGAAGACGACCAAGCAGUGGAGCGGAAUGGCGGAUGGCGCCAGGGGGAAGCUGAAGGAGAUCGGUGAUAUCCAGAAUUGGGCAGAGAUGAUAGAGCACGAUCUCCUGCUCAUCGAGGAGACGCUCAGGAUCGUGCACGAGGAGGACUACGACGAGAGCAGUGGGAGCGGCACCGCUACCUUCUGAUCGUUUCCUUCUCAAUCACAAAAGUGCUACGUACGAUGUUCACGAGUUCACGACCUGGGUGGGAUAUGUCCUUUU